AGAAAUAUCUGGAAAGAGGAGUGGUAUGGGACAAAAGCACUGUAUGCAAAUGUACAUUUAUCAAUAGAUUGCAUACAUGAAUAUAUAUAUUUAUAGCCAGCGGUGGGAAGGCGAUUCAUUUUAGCUCCUGACUUCCAGCCUUGCACACCACUCGGACAAAAACAAGAGGCACCUGUUGUCUAAUACGUUGGAACUGGUCGUUCUGCUAGUUUUUGCUUAGAGUGGUAUUGCUUGUCUCUUAAUCUUUCUCAUCGUUCUCUCUCUCUCUCUCGCUUUUUUUCUUUCAUUCUUUAUCAUUCAUCAUUUCCUGCUUGCUGACAACAGAAGGUGAAGGUUGAAUCUGAGAAAGCAGCGACUUCAAAGAGGAAAGAAGACUCAUCAGAAAGAAGGACCAUGGCUAACAAGGUGUACAUAACACGGAGAAUUCCACCUGCAGGGAUCGAUUUGCUUCGAGAGAAAGGAGUCGAAAUCGAUUUCUGGGAUUCUGACGAAGCCAUCCCACACCAAGAAUUAGUAAAGAAUAUGAAAGGCAAAGGUUACACUGGUCUUUUGUGUCUCCUCACUGACCAGGUCGAUGCAGAAGUUUUCGACGCUGCCGGUCCUAAUCUGAAGGUAGUGUCCACUUUGUCGGUUGGCUAUGAACAUAUUGAUUUGAAGGAAUGCAAAGCGCGCAACAUCAUUGCGUGUAACUUGUCGAAGAUAUCCACCGAUUGUGUUUCAGAGUUUGCGGUUACUUUAGCGUUGGCAGUUAGUAGACGCAUUGAAGAAGGUAUUGCUGCUGUUCGAAAUGGCAACUGGGGCCUCUGGAAACCAAUGUGGAUUUUAGGAUCUAGUUUUGCAAACCGCACCAUAGGAGUUCUUGGUAUGGGAAGAAUUGGAUAUGGUGUGGCUCGGCGCAUGAAAGCCUUUUGUAUUUCUCGUUUAAUCUACCAUGAUAUCAAAGAAUCAUCAUUUGCUCAAGAACUUGGAGCAGAAUUUGUUGAUCUGGAAACCAUACUGAAAGAUUCGGAUGUCAUCUGUAUUUGCUGUAACCUGACUCCAGCAACGCAUCAUCUCUUCAACAAAGAGAACUUCAAGAAGAUGAAGAAUACGGCAAUUCUUAUCAAUACCAGUCGUGGCGGUGUCAUCAAUCACGAUGAUUUAUACGAUGCCCUAAAAAGUCAUGAAAUUGGUGCUGCCGGACUUGAUGUCACUGAACCUGAACCACUGCCGAAAGAUCAUCGUCUCAACAAGCUACCAAACUGUGUAGUCACACCACACAUGGGUAGCAACACUUGGGAAGCUCGGAACAACAUGUCUUACAAUGCUGCUCUGAACAUCGUUUCUGUCUUUGAGAACCAAACUCCUAUAGGAAAGAUUAAGAAUUAAAGAAGUUUUCAGAAAAAGUCAUGUUAUAAAGAGAUCAUAAUUACCAUUGUUAUAAUUCUUCUUCUUAUUGUUGUUAUGAACAUUAUUAUAUCAUUAGGGGGCAGUGGAUUAGCAGAAUCAUUAGAGCAUUGGACAAAA